CUUACUUCGCAUAACUGAUGUUGGUGGCGGAAUAUUGCUGUGAAAUGUAAAGCAUAUUCAUAUACUUUUUGAAGAUCUUGCUGUGUUUGAAUUAAAUUAUACUUCAAAAUACUCUGGCUUAAUUAUCUAAUCAGAUACCCAUCUCGUCAAUUCAAACAUGAAGAAAAUAAUUUGGCCAGUUGACAACGGAUAAAACUAAAGAGGUACGUUCCUUCACGUGUAUAGCAAACAUGACAUCUCAUAAACAAAAUCUUGAAAACUUAUUAGAGUUACUCAACUUGACUCACUAUUAUCCAGAGAAACUAACUAGGGAUGAACUUUACCAGUUAACCUAUGAUAAUGUCAAACAGGAGAAAAAAGAAGACGUUCCAUUGGUGUGGCAAUUUAUUCAAGACAUUACACGAUAUAAUCAUAAUGCGAGGAGUGUGGAAGACAAAUAUGCCCCGACUCAUGACUUUAAUGGUAUAAAAUGUCCUAUACAUCCACUGGAUAUAAUUGCGUGUGUAUAUCUGUGUUGCGAGCCAACGGCCAGGCAAGACUUUGUUUUGCAUAUGUGGACUUGCAGAUUAGCGGUCCCUUUCAUCUUGAAGCCAAACCAAACAGAACAUGUAAACGUGUACAUUUGGCCAUUGCGUUCUCUUGUUGGACAAGUUUUUGAAAACUAUGAAUUUUUCGACAGACCACUUAUACAUGAAGAAAUGGGUUGUAUUGGGUUUAUAAGAGUUGGUGAAAAUGAUACUUGGUCUAAAUCCUAUUUGUUGAAUUGCUUGCUUUGGGGGCCGAACAAAACCCACUCCACAUUUAUACAUAGAGAUUCAGAAGGUUCAGUAAGCACACGGUCUUUUGUUGUGGAAGGUCUCGUUGAAAUCGGGUGGUACUUACCUAGUGGUGAACAAGAUGAUCGGUUUCCUUGUCCAAAAAUCCUACUCAACCUUCGAGGAGACUCAGCAAAUCACACAGACCAGACUAAACUCAUUGGCCAGUUCUCGUCUGUAACGAUUGUAUUAAGUAAUGUGAAGGAUUUAAGAUCAGCGGUUCCUAUUGUAAAGAGUUUAAUCGAACACAAAUCGCGUGUAAUUAUCCUUCUGUCUGACAGAAGCGUUGGAAGUGAUCGGCAUAAUGAAACGGUCGAGGAGUUUUUUUCUGAAAUUUCAACUGAAGAGGUGGCAUUGCUAGAACUCGGGCAGAAACGGCUACCAGAAAUCUUGAAAAUUAUUCAUGGCAGAAUUGAGAAAAUGGAGAAAAACGGUGAAGAUAAAAUUGUUUUGUCCGAUUUAGUUAAGAAUAUUUCAUCUAUGCAAGCAUUUGUAGAUGAAACGAGUAGUGUAUAUAAAGAGGUAUUUGAAUUGGCAAAAGACAUAACAACAUCUUUCCAAGAUAUGAACGGACAGUUGAUCUUCCCUCUCCAGGAGACAUGGAAAGAGUGGGCUCAAACAAGUCGUGAUUUCAAGCGAUACCACCAGCUUGAUGAUAACAAACGAAAAGCUUUACAGGCAAGUCGUGAGGAGUUAGAAACCAGGAUGCACAAGCUGCGAUCAGAUCAGUACGGUCAUAUUUUGAAACAUGGCAUAGCUAAGCCAGUAGAGUUGUUUAUUGAAGCAAUGACAAUUUUUGAUUCCUGUACAAAUCAUUCACACGUCAAAAGGAGAAUAUUUCUGAGACAUAUAAAGAUUGAAUUAGACAAUAUGUCUAUGGAAAUAUUAGCCCCAAUAAAUAAAGAAUAUCAGGAACUGAUUAACACAGCUUCCAAUGUAAGAGCUAAUGAAAAGGCCGAGAUCAAUAUGAAGAUAUCAGAUUUAGAUUUAAAAAAGAGUUGUCUCUCGUUUAGUUUAGAGAAAAUACUACGCGAAUUAGGACAAAUAUAUGAGGCUUGUCACACGCGACAACAGGAAAAUCUACCUAUGAAUGUUGAAAAAAUAUCUUAUUUAGCUCAAUAUCAGAAACUUCCAAAGCAUUUAUGUGUCUGCCUGAUGGAUGGUUAUCCAUUUGAACUUCUCGACGGAGAAGCACGUUCUGUGCCCCCUUUAUGGACCAAAGCAGUGCUUUCAGAACUUAAUUCUAUCCUGAAAGAAGGCAAUGGAACUGGAAAGGAAUGUACAAUGCAUGUUUUAUCAGUUUUGGGAAUACAAAGUUCGGGGAAAUCCACAUUAAUCAAUGUAAUGUUCGGACUGCAAUUUGCGGUUAGUGCUGGUCGCUGUACUAGAGGUGCUUUCAUGCAACUAGUUAAAGUGCACGAAUCUUUGUCACAUUGUCUAGGCGAGGGUGUAGAUUACAUAGCAGUUAUAGAUACCGAGGGUUUAAGAUCGCCGGCACUUUCGUCCGUUCAAUCUAUUCAGCACGACAAUGAACUUUCAACUUUAGUGAUAGGUCUUGCUCAUACAACUGUAAUUAAUUUAAUGGGUGAAAAUGCAACAUACUUAAGAGAAAAUUUACCUAUUGUAGUUCAAGCUUUCCUCAGAAUGUAUCUAGUACAUUUACAUCCAAGAUGUACUAUUGUCCAUCAAAAUGUUGAUAAACGGAACAGAGAGAAAUUGUUAGAGCAAGGGAUAUAUCUUGAGACAGUUCUUAAUAAGCUUACAAGAAAGGCUUGUGAAAAUGAAAAGGUCCCUCAAAAACCAUUCAAGGAAAUCAUUGCCUUUGAUGUUAUUGAGCAAGUCAAAUACAUCCCGAGUCUUUUUGAGGGUGUAUUGCCCAUGGCUCCGAUUAGUCCCUCUUACAGCAUGGAGAUAAACGCCACACUGAAGCUUCUGAUCGAGUUAGUGCCGAAAGACUUUGUGAAAGGUGUGCCUUACAGAUAUUCGGUUUCAAGUUUCUGCGAUCACUUGUUUCAUCUUUGGGAAGCAAUUCAAAAAGACGAUUUCGUGUACGAAUACCGAUCAACUACUGAAGUCGCUCUCCGCCUAGUUAUUGACCGAAAUUAUCAUCAGACUUUACUUGCACUAAUCGAGGGUGUCGAAUCUAUUGUUUCAAAAAAGCUUAAAGAAAUUGAACUUUCUAAACUAAGUCCUGACAGAGCAAUGUCUGAAUUAGAAACGUCCCUUAAACAGCAAAUGGAAACACAUAGAAAAAACUUCGAACAUUUCAUCGAAAGUCGGCAAAAAACAACAACAUAUUCGCUAGAAGCAUGGAGAGCAAACUACGUAACGAAUUUGGAAAGCAAAUUUUAUGAUUUAUCACAAGAAUCGAAAAGUCAAUUGCAAGAUUGUCAUCAUACUAUUAAAAAGCGUCCAAUAUUGACGGAAAAAGAAGUUAAGAACUUAUUUGAAUUCAGUGAAAUAAAAGCAACAAAUUCACCGUUAAGUUCAAAUUAUGAUUUCAAAUCUGACGCAAUUCGAGCUUUAGAGAAUGUUGAUAUUUCGUCACAAUAUUUACUCAAGACUGAGAGCAUUGACGAAAACGCCAGUAUUUCAAAUUUUAAAAUAUCAAAUGAAAGUCAUAUCAAUAAUCCAUUUGGUAACUUUACAACAGAAGAAAUACUCGGUUUGAGAGAAAAUAUGAAAGCCGUUAUAGCCACUGUCAAAGAAGAAUAUUCAGAAGAAAUAUCGAACAUUAAAGAUGAACAAAUGCAAUAUUAUUCGAGUAGAAUUCCGAAACAAAUAUUGUUGCGAGUCGAAAAGAAUUUAGAUGCAAGACUUCAAACAGAUGAUUCGACUAUCGGUAUAAGUCAUCAGUUUAAAAUAGAUCUGUUAUCUUGUGUUGCAAUGACAUGUUUUCGUGACAUGGAAAAGAAGUAUAAGAUACAUAUUGACAAAAAUGACAAAGAUAUGCAAAUGUAUCUACGUUCCAGUAUAUUAUCAAAAUGUAUAACGGAAUAUACUUUAUCCGAUGCUAUAUUUGAAGUCAUAGAGCAAAGUUUAAAACUUAAUUUCUCUGAGAAGGUGUUAUCUUUCAUUUCCGAUGCCUUUCACAAAUCUGUCUACAAUGCCUCUACUGGCUCAAAAAAACAGGUGAUAGGAAGUUGCAUAACAUUUUUCAUCAAGAAUUCUCAUGAUGACAUUAUGCUUGAGUACAUUAAAUAUCCAAAACAUGCAUUGAAGCAUUACCUCAGAAUACUGAUAGAAUCCUACAUUUUUGAGGAUUUUGUUGAGUGUGACUUUGAGUUUUAUAUUCGUCGCGCAAUAUUGCAAGUUUGGGAAGUGUUUCAAACAACUGGCAGAAAAGGGUCAAAUAUUUCGCAGAAAUACAUUUUAGAGGCUGUACUGCACAAUACUGAUUUACCGGUUGCUAUUAAAGAAAUCACUCUUACCAUACUAAAAUCGGUAUUUAAAAAAGAUGAAACUGUUAACUUCAAUAUGCUUCGAGAAAAUAUGCUACAUUCUGUUGAGGACCAUAUUAACAAAAUGAAAUCUGAAUUAAUACCUAUGGUCCAUAAGAAUAAAGAAGAAUAUGCAUCCGAUCUGGCUGAUAAGUUGACUGAAAAAUUGAUAGGUUGCUUACACCGAUGUCAGAUGUGUAAAGAAAUAUGUUUGUUAUCAGAAGGUCAUAUGGAUAGUCAUAUAUUUGUACAUAGACUACAUAAAGAGGAGAAUGACUACAUUCGUGGACUAGGAGAUAUCAGUUCCGUUUGGAAAUGGAUAAGUUGUAACAAACGCGAAAUUCUUAGAAGAGAAAAUCUUGAGAUGGUUGAAGAGGUUCCGGACGAAUGGGAAAGCAUAACAGAGCAACAAGUGAUCACUGCUAUCAAAGAUUCAUUACUAAGGUUUUGAAAAAAAUAUCUGUAGCUGAAAGAAUAAAAAACUUUUUUUGGCUUUGUUAAAGUAAAGAAAUAAAAUCAUGUCCUAGAUGAACCAAAAUUGCUUCAAAUGAAGCGGGCAUAACAUGUGAAUAUUUGCAUGAAUGAGGAUAAUCUGAAAAUAUCAUAUUACGCUGUGAAAGUAAUGGUAAAAACAUUCCUCUCAACAAAAGUUUUCCCAAAUGCAGUUUGUACGACUAAAAUAUAUCUGGUUUUAUGCACAACAUAUAUAUUUGGAUUAUGUCUUUGAUAAAGUAUAUCUUGCUGUUGAUAUAAUCAAUUGCCAGCUAGAUUGAUUACGCCUCUAAGAAACUUUUGGGGUAGAACAUGCAUAUUGUCCGCCUUUUCCGUUUGGCUGUUAUUUUCUGAAAUCCCUUUCAAACAUUUUUCUAAAAUUUACAAGGGAUUUGGUUCGAACUUACCUGAAAAGUAUGACUAUAUGUAUUCUUAUGCAAUGCCUCGAAAAUGACUGUGACAUAUCUAUUUCUGAUUAGCCCUUAUCCUGCGAAAUUUCUAUAAUGACCUUGUAUAUUUGGACAGAACAAUUAAUUGUUAAAAGGGAUGCUUAAGAAAAAUAUACUGAAAGAAUAGCAAACACUAAAGGCCAUUAUUACAAUCGGAAAAUGCGGAAUCACGUGGACAAAGCCAAUUAUCUGUUUGGGUCAACAACUUUACUGUUGGUCAUUUAUCGAUGAGAUUAUAAUAAAGAAUAAUUACUGGUACAUUAGUACCAAUCAUACACUUAAUUGAUAAAGAUAGAAAGAAAAUACUCAGGACCUUGGUAACACAAUAUGAAAUGCUACAUAUGCUAAACAAAACAAAUGUAAGGUCAAACACAGCACGUCUCCUAGAAAACUCUACGCUUUGUACUAAGUAAACGUGUAUAAAAUAAAAUAAAUCGAACAAGCGACUUCGAAGUUAAAUGGUCCGACCUUCAUUAAUAAAUCUGUUUUUUCUUGCUAUGAAAUUUGUCGUCUGCUGAAAUUGUCGUCUGUUUUUGUUUUGUUUUUUAAUUCAAUCAAAUUUGACAUUUUUCAUGUGUUAUUAAUAAAUUUGCAAACAUGGUCAUGCGCAGUUUAUGUGAAGACUUAAUUCUGAAGAGUGCACUCUUAAUAAUUAAGUGUUCAACUUCAGCUGUCUACAUGAAAUAGUAAUUCAAACAAUUGAAAAAUGCAGCCGUUUCAUUGGCUUAAAAAUAGGUUAUACACUAAGGUGGUUUUUGAAGCUUCCAUUUUUUUAUUUUAAUACGUUCACAUGUUGAAUAUGUUUUGUUUAACAGCAUUGAGCAUAACAAAAUCCUGGUGACCACUUUUACUUUAGCUGAAAUGUACUAGAAUAAUUAUGCAUUGAAGUAAAUAAACAAUGUAUUAAAGGAAUUGACAUUGACUGACUCAUCGUUAACAUAUUUCAUAAUCAUAAAUAUGUAUGAUGGAGCUUCACAUCUUACAUAAUUGAAUGAUGCAUUUUACUUUAUAUAAACCUCCGUUUCAUUAUAAAACCUGCGUGAAUGACAAAAGACAAAAUUAGAUAACAAAAAUAUAUUUCUUUAUUUUUCAAGUGUUAAGAUUUAAGGCAGUCAUCUUUGCUAUUUGAAGAGCAACAAUGUUUUUACGCAAGUCAAUGGGCAUGUUUAGGAUUGUGAUUGUAAAAUACAUUUUUUGACGUGUAUAUUUUGAUCUUUAAAGAAUGAUUUCACUCAAACGAAACUUGCCAGCUUUUUUAAUGAAAUGGACUAAAUAAAUCACUUCUGUGUAUAUUCAGAUGGCUGAUAAAGGAAAUGAUAUUGAUUUCUUUGGCCUAAAUGCAAUAUCUAUCGCGUUUAUAUUGUAUUUGCACUGCGGAAAAUGGUUCCGUAUACGGGAGUGUACGCAUUCCGUAUACACCUAAUAUACGGGCGUAUACGGAAACAUUUUUCCCGUAUAUGGAACAUUCCAUAUACGAGAAUCCCGUAUUCUUUAGUUGGAAAUUCAUGUUUUUCUGACAUGGAUUCUUUCAUUUAUACUUAGCAUAAAUCCGUUUCAACAGUUUAUGUCAGUAUUCAAAGUUAGGGAUUGUAAAGGUCCAAAAGUAUGUUUAAGGCGUAGGUUUUGAUCAUACGUUCAGGAAAGAUACCUUUCAAUUGAUAUUCGUAUAUUAGACAUAUACGGGACCGUAUACUCCCGCAUAUGCACAUAUUUUUCGCAGUGUUGUCUAAGAUUGUCUUCUCUUGUAAAAUUAUCGGAGCUUUUUGCACAUAUUUUGUCUCAGUGUUAGAAUAUCACACCAGUACUUAUUGACAUUGUACACCUCUUUAUGUUAUUAGAGACAUUUAUUUUACUUUACCUUGCAGAGAAGCAAUUACUAACUGCUUUUAACAAAAUUCAUUUCAAUAUUGCAUGAAUGUCUAUUGUGGUUGUGAGUGUAAUAGUGUUGAAUCGCGGCUGUACUGACUUUUACGAAACAUAUGUUAACAUAAUUAUAGUUUUCAAUGGUGUUAGAGAAUGACCGGUAAGCAAGGUUGGCAAUAACUUCUUAGAAUAAGUUUUUCUAAACAUGUACCAACUAAUAAGUUUGCCUGUGUAUAACUCUGAUUUUUGCCAAGGCCUCUGAUAAUGAGACAAAUGCUGAUCCUACAUAUUUAUACGGUUGUAUUUUGUGUUUUGAAAUAAAUUUAGUUUCAUUAUUUACAGAUUCAUCGGUGAUUUUUUUCUUAGUUUUAGACCUAAUGCUGUAGCUAAAUAAAAUUGUAUAAUUACAUGAAAUGGAAUCAUAAUUGCUGAUUAUUGUAUACAUGUUUGGUGAUAAAACAGCUUUAGAAUGUACAUUACAAUAUGUUACUGAGAUGUAUUUUCUUGUAUGUUACAUAGGUAUAUUUUACAUUAUUUUGCGCAUUGCUUUAUUCAUAAAGCAUAGCUGUGGCGAAUGUAUAAAUAAAGACAGUGUUGUGAACAAAAGCUUUAAUCCAAAUGAACAAUAACAUGCAUGGAUAUUCCAUACCUACCAUUAACUAUAGGACAGACAGAGGAAGAAGUAUAUUAAGAACAUAUACAAACAGAUAAUAUAUUAAAUGUAACCAUCAUAUUAACAUAGAUCCGUUUCCAAAACAUUUAAGAAUGAGUUCAACUUUAAACUUAGCUGUCCAAAAUUAUCAGACACCAGGGAGAUUUGAAAAAAAAACCAACAUCAAAGAAUAUCCCAAAUUUGAGACAAAAGGCAUUCAAAAAGAAAAACAUUUAGUGUUGUUAGAAAUAUUAGAAUUUAAGAAAAAAAUAUAUGAGAAAGCUAAGUCAAUAAAUGAGCAAUUUAUCUGAUGAGGGAAAGUAUUGUUCAAUUUAUCGAGUUCUGAAAUGUACGAUACAAUGUUUGUUCAUCUAACAAAUGUCUUGGUAUUUUAUAGCAUUAUGUUAUUGGUAGAACUUGUUUAUCUUUAUAGAUAGUGUAUUUUGUUUUUAAUUCAGUUAUUAGUUCAACAGAUUGUAAGAAGUUGUUGCUAAUCAGUUCACCCUCAAUCUGAUUAGAAAAGAUAAUCAAUCUUUAAAACCACCAAAAAGCGCCAGUUUUCCCUCUCAAAGUUUUAUUUUCAGUUGGAUAUUUUACUUUUGUUUAAACGCAACGACUUGCAACGACUUGCAACGACUUCUCAGUUUAGAUAUUAAUAAAGUGAGACAAAUGUGCACUUUAAUAUUCAAUAUUGAUCUAUAUGUAGAUUAGAGUUAUCUUUCCUAUGUUUGACGUGGAUGGUUAUGUCAUAUCUAUGAUUUGAUAUUUAGGAAAUUGACCGGCAAUGACAAUCCACAUUUGUGCGAUUACGUAUUCCUUGUAUACUCUUUCGGCAUUAUGCGGUCAUGACAGGUCAUUGUUGUAUCAUAACAACCGGUAAAUGCCGAAACCAUACACGAAAAAUACGAAAUCUAACGGAAAAUGCCGAUUGUCAUUAUACAUCCACUAUCUUACUGUUGAACAUGUACUGAUGAGACUAUGAUAGAGAAAAGAAAAAUUACCGGUACAGCAGUACCAAUUCUACUCUUAAUUGAAAAUAGUCAAAAGAAAACAUCUGCUAAGGACCUUAGUAAAACGACUGCAGGUAAAAAUCGGACAAUCCUUUAUAAUUACUAUUGCAUGUAGUUAAUGAAAUUACAAACGUAAUAUUUUCAUUUUUGCUAUUUAAAGCCACUAUAAUAAAUUGUAAUGAAAUACAUAUUAAAUGAUUUAUUAUGUCUCUCUUAUGCAGUGGGGAAGACAUAUGGAUAAAGUGCUGUCCGUCUGUCUGUACGUCCGUCCGCUCGUCAUUAAGUAUAUUUUAUGCUUAAAGAAAUUGUAUCUGAAAUAAUGACAGAACUAUUCUAUAAAGUAAAUUCAUAACUCUGGGUUAUAUAGUCUUAAAACAUGAUUGUUAAUCUAUAAAAAACACCUGCAAGGAAGCUUUAGAAAAGACAACAUGACCACUGUUGUAGUUAUAUUAUAAAAUGUUUUACGAUAAAGGAUCUUGAACAAAUAUCUUCUUUUCAAGAUUGACCGCCCUAGAGUUGACAUUUUCGGUAUAAACUUACUAGCCAAAGAAAUAUCUAAAUUAAACAAUACAAUUUUCAAAAUUAAACAAAAAGCUUCGUAUUUAAACAUAAUUCAAAUCUAUGUUCACAGAUUUUUUAUGAUAACCUUUCUUUCAAAUGCAAAUUCCCCGCAUUUGACUUUACUGUAUGAUUUGUAUAAUCGAUUACAGAAUAUUGCGUGGAUAGCCAGACUGGUCUGGAUCCAUGCUGGUCGCAAACGUACUAUGUUGGUUUUCUCAUGGUGCGGCUUAAUAAUUGACUAUUAUACAUUGUAUAUCAUUGAAUUUUCAUUCUUGAAGCUGCAUAUGAUGCUUAUUUUUCUAAAAGAACUAACUGUCUUGUAUGCUGUUCCUUUUUAAAGCAUUGUUCUAUCCAUCACUUGUAUGAAUGAUUGUUAAAGGAAUAUGAUAUAUUCUACAAUUUUCAAAUGUUAUAUAAAUGCAUGUUAAUUUAUUGUGUUACAAAACUUAUGAUUUCUUAUAAGAAUGAUGUUAACUGUUUGUACACAAUACAUUGACUGCAGAAAUAAUUGUUUAAUGGAUCACGAGUUAUUGUCUACUCUUUACAUAUGGCCAGGUUUUUUUUGCUAUUUUAAUAUGUUCAGCUAUUUUAUGUAUUAUUUUAUAUCACAUUUUUUCUCAAUAAUGUAAAACUAAAAUGCUUUUAAGUAAGGUAGUUAAGUAUAAAAUAUAUAUUUUCAUCAAGAAUGUAAUUUAUGCUAACAGAAAUUGUAUCUGAAAUAAUGAUAGAAUUAUUCUUUGAAGUUAAUUCAUACUCUUGUAUGGAAGCCUUAGAAAAGACAAGAUUGGAAUUUUGAAAGUUAUGUUGUAAAUACUUUUACGGUAAUGUUGAGCAAAUAUGUUAUUUUCAAAAUUGGCUGCUGUAAUGUUGACAUUUUCUGUAUAUUCUUACUAGCUCAGCAAAUAUCUAACUCAUACAAUUUCCCCAUAACUAAAAGCUUAAUAUUUAAAUAUAGUUCAAAUGUAUGUUCACAGAAAUUAAUUUUCUUUCUUGAAACUGCACAUAUUGCUUAUUUUUUUAAAGAAAUAAAUGUUUGUUAAUUAAUUUUCAGUCUUGAAACUGCACAUAAUGCUUAUUUU